AAGCUCAGUCUCUUACCUGCACGCAACGCAGCCGGUAUCCGAUCGCGAUAGUAUAUUCGUCGUGACAAUAAAGUGAAAUCUUCUAAUAUUUUUUUACGGCACGUUUUAAAAUAUUCAUAUCAUUCAGAUUGAUAAAUCACGUAAAUUACAAUCUGAUUACUUUUUCGAUAAGCUUUAGGAAAUUCAGUCGUAAAGUAAGACACUUGUUGGUAAGACGGUGUCUUGUUCGCUUUCAUACAUUUUUGUGUAAUUUUAUUUUUUUAACUAAAAGAGAGAGUCUCGAGUUUUUUCCUCUCUCUUUUUUUAUCGACUGUGUGUAGCCGAUCGCGUCUUCUGUAAAAUAUUAAAUUAUUUUUUAUAGUUGUAUGUUAAAUUUAUAUUUAUUGAAAUACGUAUGCACAUGUGCGUGUAUUUUAUUUUAAUAGUUAACAAUAUUUUGCCAGAGUUUUUGUUAACUUUUCCUGUAAUUAUGUUACCCUUAAUGAGUCAUACGUUGAACAAUUGGAUCGAAGUGGUCGCAUCAUUAUUGUAAUAAGACAUGCUAUUAUCGAUAUACGAUCUAUAUCUAAUCCCUCGUGUGAUAUUACGAUACAUUGAUGCAUAUGCUUUUAGUAAACUUAUUCAUAACUAUCAUGCAACCAUUCUAAUGAAAAACUGUUCUAAGGAAAAAUAGCUUGCAGCUAAAUCUAAUCAAGUGAAAGGAACAUUGACCACAGAUAUUAUCUUUCGGAAGUACAACAAACAAAAUAAUAUCAUGAUGGAUUCACCGGAAUCCUGAAAGUUUCCAUCUCUACAUCUUGGAAAAUACAAAAUCUUAAAAAAAUGAAUAAUGCCGGCGAGCGAACGCGUCUCGUGGACACCGGAAGGAUUGCGACAUCCACGAAACUUGCUUACGCUCUUGGACACGUCUUCAACGAUCUGGCGGCUGCCAUGUGGUUCUCCUACACUCUAAUUUAUCUUCAACGAGUGGCGUUAUUAGAACCCAUCGUCGCCGGUGCGCUUUUGCUCCUAGGUAAGCGUCCAAUUAUUCAUACACGACGUGGACGACGUUAUCUUAUUAUUAGUCAACGAUUGAUUAAUGUCGAAACGAUUUUCAUUCAAGGACAAGUCAUCGAUGCGAUUGCGACACCUGUGUUUGGUUUCCUGGUCGAUCGUUACAGCAAGAAGAAGAUUUGGCACGUUUUCGGUUCUGUCAUAGUCACCCUGUCCUUUCCCGUAAUAUUUGGCGGUUUCGCCAAUUCGUCCGCUACGACAGCUAUGUUUUUAUAUGUAACGAGUAUUACAAUAUUUCAAACGGGUUGGGCGGCCGUACAGAUUUCUCAUCUAUCAAUGAUUCCCUCCUUAACUAAUUCUCUCCUGGCUCGAGCCGAUUUGACCGCUAUAAGAUAUUCCGCCCAAGUUAGUGCGGCCGUGGUAGUUUUUAUAGUUACGUGGAUAGUUUUACCGACUAGUGGAGAUGAGUCGAUGGUUCAGUUGGAUCAGCAGGACGAUUAUAAAUUUAGAAAUAUCGUCCUGGUUCUCACGACUCUCGGUCUGACCGCAACAGUUUUUUUUCACAUUUUUCUAAAAGCGAAUCUCUUGGAACGAGAAACGUCUCCGAAAGCGAACAUCGAGGAGCCGAUUGGAUCGUCGAACCGUCGAAUGUCAUGGAUCGAUAUCACGAUCUUGUUGAGAGUCGCGAUGCUCUACGUAGCGAGCAGAUUAUUUAUCACUCUUAGCACAGUGUACUUGCCACUGUAUAUAGAGGAAACCGAAAUUGGCGGCAAGAAGGCAUUGGCCACUGUGCCACUGGUCUCGUACAUAUCCUCGUUCGUGGCCGCUUUCUUACUUAAAUACAUCAACAGAAGUUGCGGCACCAAGGUGUGCUAUUUUCUCGGUGCUACAGUAGGAUUAGCGGCAGCAGUCGUUACGGAAUUUGUCGCGGGUAAUACGACGGUCGUGUACGUCAUCGCCGUAUUAAUUGGCGCGGGAAGCUCCAUUACGAUGGUCACCGCAUUGAGCGUCACCGCCGAAUUAAUCGGCUCCAGAACGGAGCGUAGCGCGCUCGUGUAUUCCAUCGUCACGUUCCUCGAUAAAAUAAUCACCGGGCUCGUGGUGAUAUUCAUCGAGAAGUGGAGAUGCAACGACAAGGAACUUUGUUUCAAUUAUAACCGAGACACAUUGUCUAUCGUAUGCGCUUCCUCGAUGACACUGGGACUCAUAACUUUGAUAUCUGUAUCGCGUUGCCUAACUUGAGACACAAUGACGGAUCGAUAACGCCUUUCGCAUUAUGUCUGUAUAUAGAUCGCAAUUUUAUUUAUCCUCCCGUUGAAAAUAUUGCCAAGGGACGAGCGAUAUAAAAAAAAAAAAUU